CACUGCCUGCUCCGUGCUGGUCCCGAAACCCACUUCUGCCGGGCCUGCGUUUCUUCCUCUUUAAGAACCCCGCUGUCUCCCGCGUCCCCUCCCCCCGGCUACCACGCCUCUGAAGAUACCAAUUAGCGUACCUGGUUGGUAUGGUCUCGUUAUUGACGAGCUAUGGACUGCUCUUUUCCUGUCGUGGCGGACGACGGGGACCUCCCGUGGUCCGAUAGCCACAGCAUGGACUCGGAUGAUAGCCAUUCUAUCAACCUCCCACACUCACCUUCGUGGAUAGACCACCUCCAGACGAGCUCUGGAGCGGCGUCCGUAUCCUCAACCAUUAGCAUUUCACACACCGGGCAGCUGUCGCCCAUCAGCACCGGCAUGGACAUCCCCGGGUCCCAUCUCGACCACGGCGCCUCCAUUUCUGGCGCCUCGGGGCCAUCAUCGACCCCAACCUUGAUCCACUCAGCCUCGUCCUCCUGCACCGACUCAUGGAGUAUCGGCUAUGCGGAGCUAGAUGAUGCACCAGGCACCAGCUGCAGCAGCGACGGUGCCGACAUGCACUGGGAGCAGGGAUCAGACCAUAUUCUGACCGUGACAAAACUGGAGCCCUUGGACGACGACGACUUCCGCCUCGAUGACGUCAAAGAAGCCCCUGCGUCGACUCUCCCGGGCACAAAUGACCCGGCAGCUGCUCAACCGAAAGCAAAGCGGCCGAGGGGACGGCCAAGGAAGCACCCGCUCACCCCAGUCGUGACGACCAACAAAGUUACCAAGGGCCGGUCGAAGACGGGAUGUCUGACUUGCCGCAAGCGGAAGAAGAAGUGCGACGAAGCUAAACCACGAUGCAUGAACUGCGACAAGAAUGCGGUCGUCUGCGAGGGAUAUCCGGAGAAGCAAAUCUGGAAGAGCGGCAAAGAAAGGGCUGAAGAAGGUACCGAUUCUGAAUCCUCCCGCUCUUUCGAGACCCGGGUCCUAACUAAAUGGACUGCAGAGCGACUCAAGUGCCAGCGACUCCCUUCUAUCACCAUGCAGCCCAUUUUCCAUGGGCUAGAGACGGUUGAAGACCGCAUCUUCUGGAAGCAUUAUAACGAACAUCUCAGCAAUGUGCUGACUGUGGAAGGAGAGCACAAGAAUGCGUUCAAGGACAUGAUUGUGCCUAUUGCGGUCAGCCACGAAGGACUCAUGCACUCCAUCCUCUCUCUGGCGAGCAAACAUAUCGAUUAUGAUACGCCCUACGGCCUUAACCUUCUCCGGAACAACCCAGGCACCAGUGUCGAGAUGCUCCAGCAGCGCUCUGAUUUCCACCACGAGGCGGCGAUGGAGAAGCUGUACGCCGAUCUGAACCGUGAACACGACAGGUCGAGUCCCGAAUACAGGGACAUCCUUUCAGCUCGAUACGGCCAGAUGCUCUGCCUGUUGCUUGAGUCCAUCGCCGAGGGAAACCCCACUGGAGACCACCGGGUCCACCUACAAGCUUACCGGAACUUGAUACAGCAGUCACCCCCUGAGGACCCGGCCUUCUUGUCGUUCAUCACCGAGUUCUUCCAGUACCACAUCUUUGCCGACGAGUUGAUCUGCUUCCCCGAAGGCGAUACCCAGAGGCCAGCCUCGGGGAAUUGGCUGCCUGUUUCGCCGAUCCACCCCCCACGUCUACUCGGUGUCGCCGACGGCCUCUUCAAUUACAUGUCCCACAUCACAACAAUCCGUAACACAAUCCGCUCGAACAUGGACAACCAAAUCGACCCUGUUGUUGAUUACACCAGCCUCUACCAGGCGGCCGAAAUAGACGCAGCCAUCCGGGAAUGGACGCCUAGCUGGCUACCAGGCGAUAGCCGGGACCGGGUAGGGCUGCUCUACAAACAAAUGAUGUGGAUCUAUCUCUUCCGGACCAUCUAUCCGCCCUCAUCCCCCUCAUCCUUGUCCUCAUCUUCGGCUUCACUGCCCAUGUUUCCGACCCCGACCUGUGCUGGAAGGCCAGCAAUCGUCAACACCCCACCACAUUCGGUGUCGACCAGCUGCUCCUCUUCGCCGCGGAUCUCGGCUUCGUCGGACUAUAGCAGCACUUCCAGUCGCUCAAAUCCUCCGUCUCGGAAGUCGAGCUCUGUCAACGCCCCUACCAUGAGCCCAGAACAGCAACAAGCGCAGCCGGCCGACACCAGAGCAGACUCUCCGCAGCCUAUCCGUCAUCCACCCGACCACGACCCCCGAAUUACUAUAGCCAUAGAGGAAUCCCUUGCGAUUCUGGAGAGCUUCAAGCCCAGCGACCCGAGUCAGACGCUCCUUCUAAUCCCUUGUCUCCUCAUCGGUACCUCGUGUUUCUCGCCUUCGCAACAAGAGCGGGUACAGGCUGCCGUGCGGACAGUCCGAGGCUACACUGGACUCCGCAACACGGACCGGGUGACUGAGCUCCUGGAGGAGGUCUGGCGCCUCAUGGAUUCCGGCGACUGGGUUGCCGUCUGGGAUUGGCAGAGAGUGGCGAGAAACUCGGGCCUCGACUUUGUCUGUGCUUGAUAUCGUCCUUGCAGCACCCAGACCCACUCGAUUUACCACUCACAGCUGACGUUCGCUUCGGUGGCAAAGCCACUCAUGAUACCCCGUUACCUGGUAUUCUUUAUCAUACGACUCUCCACAAGAUACACCGUAUCUGGAAGAUAUGACAUGCAGCGCAUGCCCAUAGGAGCCCCUUGGUCCCUUCGUUCCUCUCGUUUCGCUUCUUAUAUUGUCAUUUCUUGGAAUUUCACGACGCGAGG